AAGAGAGGUAUUACGCACGUAAAAAGCGCGAAAAGUUGUAGGAUCUGCCGAAGGAGCUCCAAUGCUGCCAGCACUUUGGAUUCUGACACAGAAAGAAAAGAGAGAGUUCUCCUUAGAGAGAGAAAGAGAGGGAACAAACAGAAACUAACAGAAACAACAACAUUGGAAUUAUCAGACAAAAAAAAGCAACAAGAUAAGUUCGAAAACUUUGAGGAAUUGCUGUUUUUUCUUUUCUCUUUGUUUUUGUUUCAUGAUCGGAAACAAAAAGGGACAUGGACAUUGUUGUCGUCUGAUUUCUUUAUCCAGCUGUACAAAUUCACGUCUUCUUGUUGAGUUUGGAGUUUGAAUUGGCUGUGAUCCCUUCUCAAUUUUCUCUCUUCUCUCUCUUACACCCUGUCUUUCCUCUCUCUUUCUUUCUCUCUCUUACAUCCGCAUUGUUUCGCUUUAGCUGAAUCAACGAACCCUAGGAAGGAAAUUUGGAAUUUUGUGGGUUGAAUUGGAGGGUGAUAUGGGUUUUGUGGAGGUUGGAAGGCAAGAAUUGUGGUGACACGCACGCAAAAACACAGACACAAAGGUGGUGUUGUUGGUGGUGGUAGCCAUGGGUGGGAAUAGAAAGAUGCAAAUGGAGUCUUCUCCUCCUUCUCUCAAGGCGGCCCAUAAUUUGAAGCCACUGAGGGUCUAUCAAGCAUGGAGGGGAAACAAUAAAUUUUUCUGUGGCGGGAGGCUUGUUUUUGGUCCUGAUGUAGCUUCUUUGUUUCUUACAACAUUUCUUAUUGCUGGACCUGCAAUUGCAUUUUGCAUUAAGAUAUAUCUUAGAAUCAGGCAAGGAAAUGGUGAUAACGAUGCUCAGUGGGUUCCUGUAUUGGCUGUGGGUUCAGCCCUCACUGUUUUGGCAUCAUGCAUGCAGGAUUUACUAUUUCUCCUCAUGACUUCUGGGAGAGAUCCGGGAAUUGUCCCUAGAAAUUCUAGAGCACCUGAAUUUGAUGAGGCGUUUGAUAUACCUACCCCUUCCAUGGAGUGGAUUAAUGGUACAACCCCUCAUUUGAAACUUCCUCGAACAAAAGAUGUGAUCAUUAAUGGUCACACAGUAAAAGUGAAGUUCUGCGACACAUGCUUGCUGUAUCGCCCUCCUCGUACCUCUCAUUGUUCCAUAUGCAACAACUGUGUCCAGAGAUUUGAUCAUCAUUGUCCCUGGGUUGGCCAAUGCAUUGGAAUCCGAAACUAUCGGUGGUUCUUCAUGUUUAUUUCAACUUCAACCAUUUUGUGCCUGUAUGUAUUUGUGUUUACUUGGAUCAAUAUUGCCCAGAGAGGCACAUUGAGGACAUUAACACAUGAUUAUGUAUCGGAUAUUCUCAUAGUUUAUUGCUUUAUAGCCGUCUGGUUUGUUGGUGGCCUCACAGUUUUCCAUUUCUAUCUCAUUUGCACGAACCAGACAACUUAUGAGAACUUCCGAUACCAAUAUGAUAGGAGGGGGAAUCCAUACAAUAAGGGAUCAUGCGGAAAUUUAAGAGAAACACUUUGCUCCCGUAUCCAACCUUCAAGAAAUAAGUUCCGAUCAUUUGUGGUGGAGGAGGAACAUAUGCCCCACUCUUUGAGUCCAAAUCAUAUGGACGGAAUGUUGACUCCAAAGGAGAAAAUCGACAUUGAAAUGGGAUCUAUGCAUGCAGAAGGAGGUGGCAUACCCAUUCCCGAACUUCUGCGGAAAUUUGAUUUUGAUAACUUUGAUGAUGAUCUCAAGUUUGAAGAUGAUGAGGGACAACCUUCUUUUGAUCCAUUCUACAGUGUCGAUGAAGAUUCUCGGACAUCUAAUGCUACAGUUGUAAAUUUCCAUAGCAGUGAAUAUGAUGAGCCUGCGGAAAGUUUCCAUGCUAGAGAAAGGGAUAGGCACAACCCAUGAUAAACCACACUGCCGACUUUUGCAUAUUAAUUUAUAGAGGUCUGCUGCUGCUCCUUUGUGAUUGUUUGCUUUUUCUGAGGAUAGCUUCAUUAGUUGCAGCACUUAGUGGUUUGUAUUCAUUACAAGUGCACAUUGAUAUACUAUUUGAUGUUGGAAAUGGAGAGAGACUGGCCUUGCACUUAUCUCUUAUUUCAGUAUAUCUGGCAAGUGUUUCAUUCUAAGCUGUAAAAAUCUCCCACGCUUGCUUUCACAAAAUAAUGCAGAACAUUGUCUGGCACCAAAGUUUGUGAUAGGAACUCUUCUAGUUUUGCCUAUCUUUUGCAUUCAGUCCCUUUGUUAAGAGAUAGAGAUAUAGAGAUUGGACUUUAUUUAUUUAAAAGAAAAAAUUAGAAAUUUAGAAUAAUGUGAAAGUAGUACAUUGGUUUGUUCUUUGAAUCUUUGUAAGUUGCUGUGUCUUUUC